AUGCCUUCACCCGAAACCACAGCGUCAAAUGGAGUGUACACGAAUGGUGUCCAGAGCAACAGCGUCAACGGAAACUCCCACUCAAGUGCCAAUCAAAAUGGUUCAUACCUAAAGGCAAAUCACCAUUUGAACAUUAUUAUUGUUGGAGCUGGUAUUGCGGGUCUAGCACUCGCCGGUAUCUUGGGCCACUCUGGGCACAAAGUCAUUGUUCUAGAAGCAGCACCGAUGAUUGCUGAGGUGGGCGCAGGAAUUAAUUGCUCUCCAAACCUCACGCGCCUUUUAGCCCGAUGGGGCCUCGACAAGCGUGUACUCAAGCACACGAAUUCUCUCACUCGAAUCGACCUGAGACGAUGGAAAGAUGGCGAAUUUCUCGGCGCUGCGACUCUCAUGCCUGAGAUCGAGAGGAGACAUGGCGCUCCACAGUAUGCGAUCCAUCGUGCGGAUCUUCAUGGAGCAUUGAUGGAAGAGGCUGAGUUGGUGGCCGAAGUUCGCAUCAACAGUACGGUCGCGAGCAUUGAUUUUGACAAGCCUUCGGUAACUCUAUCUGAUGGCAGCAUGCUCGAGGCAGAUACGGUUGUUGGUGCAGAUGGAAUGAAAUCUACCUGCAGAAGGUUGAUUUACCAAAACCUGGGUCUGCUCGACAAGGCGAGGCCAACGGGAGACGCUGCCUUCCGUGCCUGCAUACCCCUGGAUGUUGUUACGGAUCCAGAGUUGCGAGCUUUUAUUACAGAACCGGUUGCCACAAGGUGGAUGGGUCCUGACAGACAUGUCCAGGCCUAUCCAAUACGCCAUGGAAAUCUCUAUAAUAUGGUGAUGUGCCACCCAGACACGGGUUUCUCAGAGGAAUCCUGGACCGCGAAAGCCUCUAAGGGGGAGAUUUUGGACCAUUUUGGGUCGUGGGAUCCAGUUCGACUGCGCAAGCUUUUGGACUUCAUCCCUGACGAGAACGUGAUGAAGUGGCGGCUAUGCGAGCAUGAUCCACUUCCAACGUGGGUAAUGGGCAAAGUGGUUCUGCUCGGUGACGCUUGCCAUCCCAUGCUGCCUUAUGUGGCACAGGGGGCCGCUCAAGCGAUCGAAGACGUCGGUGUCCUUUGUUUGGCCCUGAACCACGUCUCGAAGCCAGAUGAAAUACCAACGCUUCUCAAGGCUUUCGAAGUAGCACGAAAAUCCCGGGCAGAGCACGUUGCUGGCACAGGUGGCGCCACGCGCCGAGUUCUGCACCUCCACGAUGGCCCAGACCAACAGGCGAGAGACAAAAAGUUCAAAGAGGUUUCAAAGGGCGGCGAGAAUCCUGACCUGCUUGGUGAUGCGAAGGCACAGUCAUUCUUGUGGGGCUAUGACCCAGAGAAGGAGUUCCUGGACAACUUCGAGAGUAAGUGA